AACAAAAUAAAAAUCAAAACCCGCGAAAAUUACUACAAACAUAAAUCCUGUUUGAGACCAAAAAAAAAAAAAAAAAUCCACCGAUCUCAUAAUAUAAAUGACUGUUUUUUGUUUGCUUGGGGUUUCUGGUUUUUAGUUGCUAACCUGCUUUGCUUUAUCAACAACAAAGAAGGUUUUUUUAUUAUCCAUUUUUGGGUUUUCGGUUCCCGGUUGCUUGCGUUUCACUUUCAUGUCUAAGUAGUGGAGAAAUGAUAUUGCUUUUUAUCGAGUUUUGCAGUGAUCCAAACACUCCCUAAUUCAACUUCUGAUACGCAUCAUUCAAUUGUCUUUGGUUUUGGCCUUCUAGAUUGCCCGAAAAUUAUUCCUUUCUAUUUCCGCCCCACUUGAAGAAUCACAAACAGAAAACGAAGAAGAUUUUAUAUAGAUGGCAACACUAAGUGAUAUAGGGGUUGCAGCAGGCAUUAAUCUGCUAAGUGCUUUCGUUUUCUUACUAGCGUUUGCUAUAUUGAGGCUUCAACCUUUCAACGAUAGGGUUUAUUUUCCGAAAUGGUAUCUCAAGGGUUUAAGAAGCAGUCCUUCGAGGUCUGGAACAUUUGUUAAGAAAUUUGUCAAUUUGGACUUCCGUUCCUACUUGAGGUUCUUGAAUUGGAUGCCAGAGGCUCUCAAAAUGCCAGAACUCGAGCUUAUCGAUCACGCCGGCUUGGAUUCAGCUGUUUAUUUGCGCAUUUACUUGAUAGGACUAAAGAUUUUUGUGCCUAUCACCUUCCUUGCAUGGGCGGUCCUAGUGCCGGUUAAUUACACUAAUAAAACAUUGGAGUUGCAGCUGAAGAAUGUUACUUCAAGUGAUAUUGAUAAGCUCUCGAUUUCAAACGUUCCAGAUGGAUCGGAUAGGUUUUGGACACAUAUAGUAAUGGCUUAUGCUUUUACCUUUUGGACAUGCUAUGUGUUGCUAAAAGAGUAUGAGAAAGUUGCGAAUAUGCGGUUGCAAUUUCUUGUAUCAGAAAAACGCCGGCCUGAUCAGUUUACUGUGCUUGUGAGAAACGUACCACCGGAUUCAGAUGAAUCUGUAAGUGAGACUGUGGAGCACUUUUUCCUGGUUAAUCACCCUGAUACCUAUCUUACACAUCAGGUAGUAUGCAAUGCAAACAAACUUGCGAAGUUGGUGAAGAAGAGGAAAAGUAAGCAGAAUUGGCUUGACUAUUAUCAAUUGAAGUAUUCCAGAAAUAAUGCAAAAAGGCCUAUUAUGAAGACUGGUUUUCUCGGGCUCUGGGGUGAAAAAGUGGAUGCAAUUGAUCAUCACAUAACUGAAAUCGAGAAGUUAUCCAAUGAAAUAGCUGAAGAGAGGGAGAGGGUCCUAAAAGAUCCAAAAUCCAUAAUGCCGGCUGCAUUUGUUUCCUUUAAAUCUCGAUGGGGUGCAGCUGUUUGUGCUCAAACCCAACAAUCCAGGAAUCCAACCUUGUGGUUAACAGACUGGGCACCUGAGCCACGCGAUGUAUAUUGGCAAAACCUGUCAAUUCCUUACGUCUCGAUAGCUGUCAGGAGGCUGAUCAUGGCUGUAGCAUUCUUCUUCCUGACUUUCUUCUUCAUGAUCCCAAUUGCAUCUGUACAAGCUCUGGCCACAAUAGAAGGCCUUGAGAAAGCAGCACCAUUCCUGAAGGCCCUUAUUGAAAUACCGUUUAUUAAAUCGGUUAUCCAAGGUUUUCUACCUGGUAUUGUUUUGAAGCUCUUUCUCAUUUUUCUGCCAACUAUUUUGAUGAUCAUGUCCAAGUUUGAAGGGUUCACAUCAAUAUCAUCUUUGGAAAGGAGAUCAGCAACUAGAUACUAUCUCUUUAAUUUAGUGAAUGUAUUCCUCGGCAGCGUAAUUGCAGGCAGUGCACUGGACCAGCUAAACACGUUUAUUAAGCAAUCAGCAAAUGAGAUUCCUAAAACAAUUGGUGUAGCUGUACCAAUGAGAGCAACUUUCUUUAUUACUUAUAUCAUGGUUGAUGGAUGGGCUGGAAUAGCAGCAGAGAUUUUGAUGCUGAAACCGCUUAUAAUUUACCACUUGAAGAAUACUUUCUUGGUGAAAACAGAAAAGGACAGGGAAGAGGCAAUGAACCCAGGAAGUUUGAGCUUCAACGUUGGAGAACCUCGUAUACAACUCUAUUUUCUACUUGGCAUGGUUUAUGCUACCGUGACACCUGUUCUACUUCCGUUCAUUUUAGUUUUCUUCGGGCUAGCUUAUGUUGUCUUCCGUCAUCAGAUCAUCAAUGUUUACAAUCAAGAGUAUGAAAGUGCUGCGGCAUUCUGGCCUGAUGUUCACGGACGCAUUAUAAUUGCUUUGCUUGUCUCGCAUGUCGCGCUCAUUGGAUUGUUAAGUACAAAGCAUUUGGCUCAGGCAGCACCACUUCUCAUUACUCUAGCUGUUGUCACAAUCUGGUUUUACAGAUUCUGCAAAGCGCGAUAUGAACCUGCUUUUGUCAGAUAUCCUUUGCAGGAAGCAGUAAUGAAAGACACUUUGGAACGCGCACGGGAUUCAAACUUCAAUUUGAAACCCUAUCUUCAAAAUGCAUAUAUCCAUCCAGUUUUCAAAGAGGAGGAAGAUGACGAGGAGGAGGAGGUUGUCAAGUUAGAAAAUGAGAGUGUGUUAGUACCCACGAAACGCCAAUCUCGAAGGAACACACCAGUACCUAGCAAAAUGAGCGGUGCAUCCUCACAAUCCUUACCGGAGGCUGUUCCUGAACAUUCGGUGCCCUAAACUAGGUAACAACAGUGAACCGAUUUUGUCACCAUACUGCUAUAUUUGACACUGAGCAAAACUAUGCAGCAUACUGAGAGGAUGGCACUGUAAAUUAAACGAACAAAUAAUGUAAAUUAAACGGUCAAACUCUAUAUCUGUUCCAUGCUUUUUUUUUUGUUUGCAAGGAAGUUCUUGAGCAGGGGAUUGGUAUCC